GACUCUGAAUGAAACGGGUUUACUUUUAAAAAAAACAUGGCAGCAAAUUCGGUGGUAAUUAUUUCUUCUAGUGAUGAAGAAGGUGAAUUGGAUACUACAGUUUCGAACCAAAAACAAAAUAAGGGAAAAAAAUAUAUUAGAGACAAAGAAGAUGAUUUUGUCACGCUUCUUUCAAUGUUUGGAAAAAUAUUGAAGGAUGAAAAACGCCUAAAACUAUUAUGCAAGAUGCGAAAUUUGGCACCAGAAAAUUUUAAAUCGUCUGACGAGUUUCUGUUGUUUAUCAGGACUGUUAUCUUAGAGCUAAAAGAAUCACCAGAAACGGGAAAUGCUCUUUUACUUAUGACAUCAGUAUGUCAAACAUUGGAUGUAAGGAAAGUAAUGUGGAGUUCACUAAAGAAGAAACCUGGAAAAGAGAGAUUAUCGAAAACAAGAUUAAUGGAAACAGAUGUUGAAAAACUUUCACAAAAUUUCAGCACAUCCACUGAAACGCGGAAUGCAACUUCUCCUAUUAAAGAUGCAGCUAUAAUCAACUCGUCUAAAGGUUCUAAUUGUGACCACAAUGUUAACGCGACAAAACCGGAUUCCGCAAAACUAGAUACGGCAAAACUGGAUAAUACAAAAACUGUUUCGACAAAACCGGUUUCGGCAAUUGGUAAAAUGAACAUGGACGCCCUUUCCAAACAAAAGUUGACGUUUAAUCCCAGAUCUAUUGAAAAUAUGGCCAAGAAGCUUAAGCGCAAUCAAACUAACUUUGUAGAGGAGUGUUUAAAACAAUCCAGGGAGAAGACUGCACCAACUGUAAUUCCCAAACUUUCUAAUAUUUCGCCAUGCACAGUCAGCCUGAAUGACAUGAAGAUAGUACACCCAGAAUCAGAAAAUAAAAUUUCUUAUGAUAAGAAAUUCAAAACGACGUCACAAGUAAGAACUAAACAGUCAUCUGCUUCUAAUAAAAACGAAGGAUCAAUGGAGAAAACUUCUAAGAGUCUCUCCAGAGAUAUAUCUGCUUGUUCUUCCUCUACCAAAGCUCCAAUGGAGGAGUCUAACCAACCUAGUAAACUCUCUCGCAGUGUUAGUCCACCUUGCGUCAUCGUGCUUGAUGACGACGAUAACGAUGAAGCACAGCCAACACAACUUACGAUUCUACGUCAACACGGUAUGAAACCACGAAUGGACAGGCAAAAGCCUGGCGAUGUGUCGCCAAAAAAAAUGUCGAAAAAGACAAAAAUCAAACUACUUGCAAAAAAGUUGGAGUUUAUGGAGAAACAGAUUGCGACGUACAAUGAACAAGAGUUGUCGUUGAAAGAUAUGUCGUCAGACGAAAGCGUAUACUUGUUGGAAAGUAAAUUGAAAGAGAAGUUCUUGAAAACGUGGAGACGUUAUUGUGUUUUGGUUGGCGAGGAUCCUGACGUAAUCGUGGCUACGAAAAGAAAAAUCAAAGUGACUAGUUCGCCUUUUCCGGAGAUUAAUCGCUCCGUACAAAAUUACAUUAAUCGUACCGGAAGCUUUCCAAACUUAUUUGAGAUUAAACAAGUUUGUUUGCAAGCAAACGACAAACAUCAACUUGACUUGAAGCUGAACGAUCUUCAUCACUGUGCUGUAGACGUCUUUACGGAAGUCGGGAGAAAACUGCAGAAGAAUCGCGAGAAAGAAAGUCGACAAAAUGGCGGCAAUUUGUUGACGGAUAAAGUUAAGUUAGAAGACGAUCCAGCUCUUUAUGAUGAUAACUUAAAGCGAAAACUGAAACACAAUCGAAAGCUGGCGAAGAAGCGAACGGAUGAAGUUUUUACGGACUUCGUUCGUCAACAGUUUGAACAAGAAUCAUGCGCAAAUCACGCCGGAGAGGACAGUGAAAGUAGCGAGAGCGAUCAUCUUGAGGAAACUUUAGAGAAAUUAAGAAAAAAAGAUUUAAUUCGAAAUAAAGAACUGAAAAGAGAACUUGUCGGAAAAAAGGCGAGUUUACCGCCAUCGAAGAAAGUACGGAAAGACAAAACUGUAAUUAGCGUGACUGUUUCAUCUUCACAAGAAGUCGACGAAGUGAAUAAAAAGGUGGAUUACAUGGUAACUAUCGAUAGUCCACUGACUAAAUCAAAAAAAUUAAAAUUACCUCCAAGACGAGAAAAUUCCCCAAGACUUUUUGAGUUAGAUCAUUUAACAAGUUCCAGCAACGAUAGUAAUAUCCCCAGCAUGCAUACGCCCCCUAUUUCUUGCACAUCUUCUGGAAAGUCUUCUAAAACAGAACUAAAGCCUUCAACCAAUGAUCGAGCUAAGGUCAAGCCUUUAACAUUUACACACCCCAGCCCAUCAUUUUUCAAGGAAUCUACUUUUCAAUCCGCGCAACAUCAAGAACAUGCAAGGAAAGCUGGCCCUAGUUCUUACAGCAACUACUAUUCCAAAAAAGCAAAGCAAAGCGCUAAUGUCACAACCGACAACGAGCGUGAGGAAAAUGAGAAUAUAGUCAAGACUUUGUUCACUGAACUGGAGGAAACUAAGAAAAAGAAGAAAUCGCCGGCUAGUUACUAUUCACAGAAAGAAAAGAUCAGCUCUAUUUUAAAGGGCAUUGAACUUGAAAAGAACAAGAGCUCUGUUUUGAAUGGCAUUGAACUUGAAAGGAACAAAAGCUCUGUUUUAAAGGGCAUUGAAUUUGAAAAGAACAAAGGCAUAGAUAACACUCCUUCGUUUGAUAGUAAACAAGAAGAAAAUGAAAGAACAUCGAAAUUGCCAUAUGAUAGAUCAGCUUUACAUACAAACUCGAGCAAACGUUCUUUGACUGAUAAAAAUAUUUUGGGUAUAACGAAAACGAACAACGAAAACGAGUAUUCAAAUUAUACUUCGCCUCUUAGGAAAUUUAGAAAUAAAAAUACGGAAGACGUGACACAAGCACGUCAAACGAAGUUGAACGUCGUAGUGAUAUCGGAUGAUGAAGAUGAGUAAAAGUGCGAGCUGUAUACCCUAUCGAAUAAAAAAUGUCGAAGCAAAGUGAUGGUAAUUUUUGACGAUUACAAAAAUUUUGUCCCACAAUAAGGUGCAUUAAAAGAAUUAUUGUAAAAAGCUGUUUUUGGAUAUUUUUUACCGUCUUAUAUGCAAAAAGACUAAGAAGAAAAACGCGAAUUUUUUUAAAGUGAAAAUAAGAGCUGCUGUUCAAUGUAUAGCUCCCACCCCCUUUCCUCCUUCCCCAAGGUAUGUUAAAAUUAUGGCCCCAAAAGUAGUUUCCGCUCGGUGCUUGCGAGUAAAUUUUUGAUAUGUAACAGAAAAAUAUUUGGAAAUCGUCUUAUACUAUAUAUCUAUAUAUUUAUAUUUAUUCUAUUUAUCUUUUAUAAUAUAUAUUGUACGCUUUCCCAAAUACGUUCGGGAACUAAAAAAAACU